AUGAAACCUAAAUCGGGCUUAACGAGAUUUCAUAACUGUUUUAUUUUACGUGAUAGUAAAAUAAUUAAAGAGGACUUAUGGAUAAGAGACGGCAAAAUCGAAAAUCCUGAACAGGUAUUUUAUGUAGAACAACUACAGGCCGAUGUAACUGUAAACUGCGAAGGACUGCUCAUUGCUCCAGGGUUCAUUGACAUUCAGAUAAACGGUGGUUGGGGUGUGGACUUCUCCUAUGAUUCAGAAAAUGUUAAAGAAGGUGUAAGGAAAGUAUCAAAAGAACUUUUGACUCAUGGAGUUACAUCAUUUUGUCCUACAAUGGUGACAUCAGAUUUGGAAAAAUACCGUAAAAUCCUGCCUUUGAUAAAGAAGUCUGAUGGUGGUGAGCAUGGAGCCACUGUUUUGGGAGUGCAUUUAGAGGGUCCAUUUAUCAAUAUGGCUAAAAAAGGUGCCCAUAUGGAGGAGUACAUCAAAACACCUGAAGAGGGUUUAAAGACUGUGGAAGAAGUCUAUGGAUCUUUAGAUAAUGUUGUUAUUGUAACUUUGGCCCCAGAGUUGCCAGGUGCUCAUGAAGCAAUCAAAGACCUUACUCAGAUGGGUAUCAAAGUAGCGCUGGGGCAUUCCACUGCCAGCUUAGCCGAGGGAGAAAAGGCUGUUGAAUGUGGUGCUAAUCUGAUCACACACUUGUUCAAUGCUAUGCUUCCUUUCCAUCACCGCGAUCCUGGACUGGUUGGUUUGCUAGCUUCUACAACGAAACACCAGGUUUUCUAUGGCAUUAUAUCAGAUGGGAUCCACACUCAUCCAGCUGCUUUACGAAUUGCAAGCAGAACUAAUCCUGAAGGCUUAGUGCUCGUUAGUGACGCGGUGGCUGCUCAGGGUCUCGCCGACGGAAACUACCGCAUUGGGCCACAGCUCGUCACAGUGGAGGGUGGACGUGCUUACGUGGCUGGAACUAAAGUACUCUGUGGCAGCACCACUGGCCUAGACGACUGUGUCGCCACAUUGAAGCGAUCUUUGGAUUGCUCCUUGGAAUAUGCAUUGGAAGCAGCAUCCCUCCACCCAGCUAGAGCUUUAGGCAUCGAUGACAGGAAAGGAAAACUUAAUUUCGGGUUUGAUGCAGACUUCGUUAUGCUUGACCCAGAAAAAAUCAAAAUCAAGUCAACUUGGAUUGCAGGAGAAUGUGUUUAUAAAUGUGAUAAAAACUGA